AUGUUCGACCCUGCUAGCAUACAGCGCUGGAUUGAAGAAUCUCAACUGACCUGCGACGGCGACCCGCUGAAGCCCAGGAGCUUGGGCAAAGCACAAAAACGACCAUACCCAACACCCGAGCCAGAGUCAUCCAUCCUUCCCAAGCGUCGGCGUGGGGCCUGUAGAGAAUCAGUAUCAAGACCGGAAUUUAGCAACAACGUAGGAAUCUCGCACAACAUGACGGCGAGCGAUGGCGAAUUGACCGGCCCUGAUGCCGAAGCGACCCCUCGCGCAGCGCUGCCCGGCCGGCCGUCGCAAUCAGCUCCUUCAGCGCAGCGCCCUGACUUUGGCGGCGCGCCGGAGACGUUAGCAUCAGGCUCGCCACGGUCUUCGGCCGCGUCGUCAUCGUCCAUGUCUCUUAUAUCUUCGGGCUCCAAGCGAUCACGAAGAUCAGCACCAGCCAGUCCGUCGAAGCGAGCAAUGCUACGGACCAUUCCAAGCUCCAUCGACUUCCGCGCCUUCAGGGACUCAGAUAUCGACAAGGAUGCUCCGCUGGGGUUCAAGAGCCUAGUCGACCAGAUUCUUGACUUCGCUGAAGGACUGGACACAGUUCCAGCGCAGCUUAAA